GCUGCAGUUGACAAAGCCUUUAUUUUGGUCGGAGCACAUGGCAGUGAGAGCUCAUCCCCGUUUGAGAGAACGCCGGGCGAGCAGCCACAGACUUGCUUAUUGACGCAAAUAGACUUCAGGUGGAGACGACGACCCACGGCACUGAAACGCAGCACUUCAUAUAGGUUCUCAAGAGUGUGUGGCAGACUGAUCAAUGGCACUGACUGUGAACUUGAUUGGUCCAUCGCCAUGGGGCUUCAGAAUAGUUGGAGGAAGGGACUUCAAAAAGGCCAUAACUGUAUCUAAGGUCAACGGAGGUAGUAAAGCAGAGCAAGCAGCUCUCAAACCAGGUGAUGUCAUCUUGGCCAUCAAUGGGGAAAAUACUGCUGACAUGCUAAAUGCAGAAGCCCAGAACAAAAUCAAGAACUCCAAGACCCAUCUGCAGCUGAUGGUGGAGAGGCGUGCACUGUCCAAUCCAAAACAGACAAAUGGUGUCGGCACCCCUGAACAGCUCACUGGGCACUUUCAGGAAGCAGUAAUAGUAAGUCGAGACGAAAACCAGAACUAUCGAGAGUACAGCAUAUCCAGCCCUGCAUCACUGUCACCUGUGCCGUAUUCACAACCUCCUGACAGUCCUGACUGCAAGAAAGAGACAUUGACAACCACCACCAACAAGAGUGUCCAGCUGCGCUCAUGGUCCCCAGAGGAGAAGAAUUACAGACUGUCCAGGCCACUUUCGCAGGACUUCUCUCCUUCAGACUACAGAAACAGUUCUUUCUCCAGCAGAACCCCGACCCCACCAGGACACUACUCACCUCAUCGUGCCCUUGAUCACGACAUGUCUCCUCAUCACAGUUCAAGCUCGGAACCGGUCAUGCAGAGGUUUGACAAGGACUCAGAGGUGUACAAAAUGAUCCAGGAGAAUAAGGAGACUCGCGCAGCGCCUCGUCAGUCCAACACCUUCAAAAUGCUGCAAGAAGUUCUGGAGGCUGACGAGAAAGAGGCAGCAUUGAAGUUCCCGGGAAAGUUGUCACCCAACGUUCCGAAAGCAAGCACACCGGUGGGAGGAGUCAGCAAAUACCACACCUGUGAGAAAUGUGGCACCAGCAUUGUCACACAGGCCGUGCGCAUCGUGGACGACCGCUUCCGCCACCCCGAGUGCUACACCUGCACGGACUGCGGCCUGAACCUCCGGAUGAGGGGUCACUUCUGGGUAGGCGACGUGAUGUACUGUGAGAAACACGCCAAGCAGCGGUACCAAGGUCCAUCCGGCUCACCUCAAUCCAGUCUCUCCCCUCGCCACUGAGUCUUAACGCCACUGGCUGCCUGACAUCCGCCUCAUCGGACCCCCUUGCGGACAAUGGGCACGCACGUGGGAAGGGGUCAACGACGUGGCAGAAUUUGCUUUUCUCCUCACAUUUAACAGUGUUUGGUGAUACCGUAUUAUCCUUCACUUAAUUAACUGAAAAUUUGGGGAGGUUUUCCAUGUGGCCCACAGUCACUGUUGUUAGCUCUAAAAAUACACCCUCCAUGAGUCCGUGAUUGCCACGUGUACUGAGGUGACUGUACUUUUACCAACACACCAAAACUUUAACAUGACCGAGACUCUUUUUACUCUCCAAGAUCUGGAUAAUCAUUCGUAAAACAAACAAACAAAAAAAAAAAAUCAAACGGCAAUAGAAA